AUGCAGCCUAAAGGGCGAGCAUCACGCAGUGAAGUGUUCUACAUCAGCAAAAGUUUCAGAAAGGCUGUCACCCUUCCACCAGCACGGGCAUGGCGAGUGAAGGACACCGAUGUUGCAGCGCGAGGUUACGUACUGUGCAUCACAAAAUCAAAGGGCUUGUUCUUCGAUAAGAUGACCAGUCUUGAGCCACGACUGCUUACACUCACUCGUAGUGGGCUGCUCAUCAUUUACAACAAGGAGGACAAGGGAUACGUCGUGGACGUGAAGGAUGCAAAAGUGAUGACUACCAAGACUGACCACUUCCGCACCAAGAGACAGUCAUAUGUUAGUUCAUUAUUUACCUCUUAUACGAAGUUCAGUAACGCCACCGUCCUGGCUGCCCACGAAAGGGUCCGUCCUGGCUGCUACAAAAGCAACCGAGGGAACCUUUACGACCGACUCAACGUGAAGGAGUAG